CUUCCCCCUCCUCCUCCGUCAACGCGCCGCCUUCAGAGUUGAGAAGUCCGGACGCUAGGUAGACGUGCUCUCAAAAAUGUCUCCGUUGUUGCUUUCGUCCGAGCAGAGACGCGCGGUGAAAGUGUGAGCGGGUACGAAGCGACGGUGGGUAGAAUGUUGGCGCCAUGUAGCCGCAGUGUCUCGGACUGACUUCGGCCAACAGACGCGCUAUUGUGAGACCUCGGUGAAGAUGGAAGACUCCUCCUGAAGCCACUUGGACCAUUACACUCCCAAACAGGUUCAUUAUGACAGCUGGCCAGAUGUUUCUUUUGAUUUUGAUCGCUUUGGUCCCUGCCUGCGCUGGCUUGAAAGAUGAAAGCGAUCCGGGAAUCUCGGAAUGCUUGUGCGACGGGUCAUCGUGCAGCAAUGGCGACCGGUGUUUUGGCCUGCAGUGCUUCACAUCCCUCUCCUUACUAAACGGGACUCGGGUGCGUCAGAAGGGCUGCAUUGUGGGUAAUCAAGAAGGGUCACUCAAGUGUGGGAUUUCACCAACUACCGAGCUUGCGGUGGAGUGCUGCUUUGGAGAUUUGUGCAACAUGAACGUGUCUCUGCAGCCUGUGGUUAAAGAUGUAGCAGUGUCUGCGGGCAGACCAGUCCUCCAAGAGCAGGAUUGCGUGUGCAGGGGCACCCCGUGUGAGCCCGGUCAGCGAUGCGUCGGCCAGCAUUGCUUUUCCUCCCUGAAGGUGAUCGACGGCACCGCCGUCCAACAGAAGGGCUGCCUGAGGGACGACGACGUGGGCCGAGCCACCUGCGCCACGUCGCCCUCGUCGGCCUACGUUGUCAAGUGCUGCCAGGGCCAUCUGUGUAACAUGAACGUCACCGUGCAAGCUCCGGAGAAAGCAGAAGAAGUGAAGCCCAUCGUCAAAGAGAAGCACGAGUGUGUGUGUGAGGGCAGCUCCUGUGCCACCGGGAAUCGCUGCAUGGGAAGCCAGUGUUUCUCAUCUCUCACGGUCAACGGGGGCUCCCUGAUGUACCAGAAAGGUUGUUUUAAUGUCUAUGAGCAGAGCACCAUGACCUGCAAGACCCCACCUUCCAGGGACCAGAUUGUGGAAUGCUGCUUCGGGCACCUUUGUAACCUGAACAGCACAGUGCAGCUUCCUGUCAAAGCCGACGAGCUCUCCAACUACAGUGGGACCAUGCUGGCUGUUGUCAUCGUGGCGCCCAUACUUGUCCUUGUAGUCCUCUCGGCUAUCGCCAUCCUGGUGUUCAGACGCAUUCAUCACAACCAGAUGGAGAGACUGACCUCUCGGGAUGCUGAAUACGGAACCAUUGACGGUCUUAUUGCAUCCAACGUUGGAGAGAGCACAUUGGCGGAUUUGCUGGAUCAUUCCUGCACCUCAGGAAGUGGCUCCGGACUCCCAUUCCUUGUUCAGAGGACUGUUGCUCGACAAAUCACUCUCAACGAGUGCGUGGGUAAGGGCCGUUACGGCGAAGUGUGGCGAGGCCAAUGGCAGGGAGAGAGUGUUGCCGUCAAAAUCUUCUCCUCUAGAGACGAGAAGUCCUGGUUCCGAGAAACUGAGAUCUACAACACGGUACUACUGCGACACGAGAACAUCCUGGGCUUCAUCGCCUCCGACAUGACCUCCCGGAACUCCAGCACGCAGUUAUGGCUGAUCACACACUACCACGAGAUAGGCUCCCUGUACGACUACCUUCAGCUUAGCACCCUGGAUGCGUACAGCUGCCUCCGCAUGGCGCUGUCCAUUGCCAGCGGCCUGGCUCAUCUUCACGUGGAAAUCUUCGGCACUCAGGGCAAGCCGGCCAUCGCCCACCGGGACCUCAAGAGCAAAAACAUACUGGUUAAAAAGAACGGGCAGUGUUGCAUCGCUGACCUCGGUCUGGCCGUCAUGCAUUUUCAAGACACCAACGAGCUGGACGUAGGGAACAACCCGAAAGUAGGCACCAAACGAUACAUGGCCCCCGAGGUGCUCGACGACUCCAUCCAAAUGGACUGCUUCGAGUCCUACAAGAGGGUGGACAUCUGGGCCCUGGGACUCGUUCUGUGGGAGAUCGCCAGGAGAACUGUCAGCAACGGCAUCGUGGAGGACUACAAGCCACCCUUUCAUGACGUGGUCCCAAGUGAUCCCAGUUUUGAGGAUAUGAAGAAGGUGGUCUGUGUGGACCAGCAGAGACCCAACAUACCUAAUAGAUGGUUCUCAGACACAACUUUAAUCUCCAUGGCAAAAUUGAUGAAGGAGUGCUGGUACCAGAACCCAUCAGCCAGACUCACGGCGCUGCGCAUCAAAAAGACUCUGACAAAGAUCAACAGCUCCGUAGACAAAAUGAAAACAGACAUUUGAGCGUGCAUGGCACAAAGUAGGAAGAGGAGAGGAAUACGUCUCGGACUAAAUGCCUUUGAGAGGGUGAAGCGAACUCUUGUCCGUUUGUGUGCCCUUAUAGUGGCCGACAUAUUUAUUUGAAAUAUUUUUAAAGAAGGGACACAUUUUGGCAUCCAAAGAUGGCUCACCGAACGGCCACAGGUCUUGAACAUAGGACGGUAAAUCUUAGCAUCACAAUCUAGGGGCUGGCUGUUAUCUGACAUUUAUCUUUGUUUUUAACCUCCGAACAAGGUAGUAAUAAUCUCACAUUUGCUCUUUUUUUUUUUUUUUUUUUAGCUGCACUCAUCGAGCAGAGUUGAAUGUCAUCAAGGAUACAGCAGUCGUACUGAAUGAUAUAUCUGCUCAAUACGUUGUGUUCCUUUCUAGCUUGACACAGAGAAGACAUGAUGACAAUAUCUGCUACAGGUGACGCCCUCACCCCCUGUGGACGCCUUGAACUGUAAGUUUGCCUGUGAAGCCUUUAUAACGUGUGCAUUGUCAACUUCACGAAGUCAAACUUCAAACUUUUUUUUUAUUUCGUUAACAUUUUAUAUCGACUAGUGGUUUCUAUUAAUUAAAUAGAAAACAAGUUUA